AUAAUUAAAAGCCUUUUCCCUUUUGAUCACCCCCUCCUCUUUUAUUGUUGUCUGAGCACUUUACAGCUCAGUAGUUCAGAAUAAUUACUAAUUUGGCUUGAUUAAGAAAACUGCUUUGAAAAUGUCAGAAAAUACAUAAUUCAUCUGUUUGCAGCUUUUUCCUGAAGCCUGCCCUCCUCCUCCUCCUCCUCCUCCUCCUCCCUCUGCUGCAUGAGGUUUGGCAUGAGUCACGGUCGGCCUCUUCUCACCCGAUUUGUGUCCACCAGCCGGGCUGCCACGCCCAAUUUCACUUCAGCCCGCCAGCGUAUUGUCGAAUGACAUCUCCGCGCGCUGCUAGGCUGAGGUCAGCCGUGGCCUGAGCCCGACCCUGGAUGUGAACAUGAGUCAGUGUGUGUAGAGGCUGGACUCUGACAGGCCUCCCUGCAGCAGAUUUUCAUCUGUUAGACUGAACAGCUGCUGCAGUCUGCCUCCAGAGCAGCUAUUAGUCCUGACUGCUGAAACUCACAUUAUGACAUCAGUCCUUAACAUCGUUACUCUGAUAAUAAUCCUUCCUGCUGCCGAGAAGAAAAAAGCCUCUGAGCUGCUCGUUACAAAGAAAAACAAAACAAGCUGUACCUCAGACAUAUCUGUAAUUAUUUCUGUGCAAGGUGCUGAAAGUCUUUUUUUUAUGUCUUACCCUUCACUCAAAGCCGGAGAACUUGCUCCUCGCCAGCAAGUUGAAGGGAGCAGCGGUGAAACUGGCAGAUUUCGGCCUGGCUAUUGAAGUUCAGGGGGAUCAGCAGGCAUGGUUUGGUUUCGCCGGCACACCAGGAUACCUGUCCCCAGAGGUGCUGAGGAAAGAUCCCUACGGCAAGCCGGUGGACAUGUGGGCCUGUGGUGUGAUCCUCUACAUCCUCCUGGUGGGAUAUCCUCCGUUCUGGGACGAGGACCAGCACAGACUGUACCAGCAGAUUAAAGCUGGAGCUUAUGAUUUCCCGUCUCCUGAGUGGGACACUGUGACCCCAGAGGCCAAAGACCUGAUCAACAAGAUGCUGACCAUCAACCCCGCCAAGAGAGUGACUGCGACGGACGCUCUCAAACACCCCUGGAUCUGCCAACGCUCCACUGUGGCGUCCAUGAUGCACAGGCAGGAGACUGUGGAGUGCCUGAAGAAAUUCAACGCUCGGAGGAAACUAAAGGGUGCUAUCCUGACCACAAUGCUCGCCACUCGCAACUUCUCAGCAGCCAAGAGUUUGCUCAACAAGAAAGCAGAUGGUGUCAAAGUAAAAGAGGAAGACGGAU